CCCCCGACGGUGGCGACUCUCCAUCUCUUGCCCACCAUCCAAGAGCAAGACACAAAAAAGCCGAACACACGCUCAGCUCUCUCCCGCCAACACCACCACAUCACAGGUGCAACCAGCAGCCAUGGCAUCCACCCGGAGAAAGCAGUCACAGGACAUGGCCGCCGAUGCGGGCCCCGAGUUCCCACCACCCGCAUACAUCAGCAUCCCGCUCAACAGCCCCGACCCGGGCGCGUACAAGACCCCGACCACCAACACCAACACCAACCGCCACCCCGCCUUCCCCGCCAGCCACUACGGCCACCUCCCCGCCCUGCCGCCGGCGCCGGCGCAGCGGCCCACCAGCGUGGGCUACGGCGUGCUGCGGCUUCUCUUAAAGGCCGUAGCAAUUUCAGCUAGUUUACUAUGCAGUUCCUUAUUCCUUUCUCUAAUCCCCGGUCCAGUUCCCUUGCACGCCCGCCAGACAGCACAGGUGGCUGCCGUCUGGCGAGGAUCUGACGUCAAUAUCAAACGAGGGCGAGGUGGACCCCGCGCCUCGCUCCUGCCUCCCCUCAAACCGUCUGAUAUAAACGCCCUUACGACUUGCCGCAGUCAUCGAACCCGGACACUUAAAGAUCGUGCGCUUUGGUGUAAUGGUUAACCGUAGCCGUUGAGCCCUAAUUUAACAGAUUUGGGAGCACGGGUUCGAUCCCCCGUAUGGGGUGCGGAAAAAAAACUUCGGAGAAAACCAUCUUAAUAUUAACGGAUGAUUU